CGUAUACAAGUAUAACUUACAGAUCCGUGGCGACGUAUACAUGCAAUAUUUGGUUUUGAUCUGAUUGGUGUUUCAACACGUGAAUGUCUCAAUAACAGAUCAAGGAGCCAAGAAAACCCUUUCGGCAAAAUUAAAGACUGCGGUCCCCCGAAUAUUCCCAGCCACGGUUCCGUGUCAGGUAAUCUGACCACGUACGGUGCGUUAAGCCAGUAUUCCUGUAACACUGGAUAUGAUCUGGUUGGAGGUAGCAUGUCCACGUGUACUCAAUACGGCAACUGGAGUGCACCCGACAUAUUUUGCCAAAUAAAAGACUGUGGGCCGCUAACAGGUCUUACUAACGGUAACGUCUCAUACGUCAACACGACGUACACAGAACUUGCCUUCUAUUUCUGUGCUACCGGAUAUGACAUGAUUGGUAACGCGACACGGGGUUGCCAGGCGAAUGGAACAUGGUCUGGAUCGCCACCGUCAUGCCGUAUCAAAGAUUGUGGUCAACUUCCGUCGCCACAAAAUGGCUAUGUGUAUCAACCAUUUACAACAUACGGCGCGUUCGCACUGUUUAUAUGUAACAGAGGCUACCACAUUAUGCCGUCCUUCAUGAUCACGAGGUUUUGUCAGGCUGAUGGUACAUGGGCAUCUGCGAGCCCUUCUUGUCAACUUACCGACUGCGGUAAUCUCACAUCGCCGGUUAACGGAAAGGUAACACAUAACGGCACUCUGAUGGACAACUGCGCUGCUUACUCGUGUAACACCGGAUAUGACAUCAUUGGGCGAACGAACGUCUGCUGUCACGAAAGUGCAACAUGGACAAUCACAAACACAACUUGCCGUUUAAAGAGUAGGCAAAUUAUUUCCGUUAUGUGGUAUAUUUUAUCACGUGAACUUGUUAGGUAUUUGUAUCCGUAA